GCGGCCCCGGGGGCGGCGGCUGCAGCGGCGGCGGCGCUGAGGAGCCUGGCGGGCCCGGCCCCGGGGGGCCGCCGGGAUUUUUCCGGCAGUCCCUGGCCGCCAACCCUCCCGAGUCCCAGUGCGGUGUUUUUUUGCAAGUGACACAGCACAAUCGGCGAGGGAUGGAGAAAGCUGUCCCUACUUUAUCAGAGCAACAGCGAGAGCGCCAGGGAGAGGGAGGCAGAGCCCUGUUAAUGACACUGGAGCCAAACAAAGAGAAUUUUGCUGCCCUUGAGUGCCCCCAAGGUGAAGAGAGAAGAGCUGCUUUUGUUAAAGAUGCGAAAGCGCCUCUGGAGAGCCCGGCUCUAUCUGGGACAUCGGUGGAAGCAGGGACGGAGCUCAAGGAAGCCACCUUCUACACCGCGGACAACCUGGCGAUGAUGAGCAGGGACGGAAAGGGACCCUCCGGCACCGAGCUCUGUCCCCUGCAAGAGGACCCCAACUUCUUCUCGCCUCUGUCCCGCCAGGAGCCCGACAUCGCCCUGGAAGCCCGCGAUGUGGCCGAUGAGCCUGAUCCUGCCCUCUCCGGUGCUGUCCCAAACCCAGCUCACAGGACCGAACUCGGCUCCACGAACGAAGAGCAUUUAGAGUUCCAGAAGGCUUUAUACAGAACGGAUGCCAGGAGCUCCUUGGACCUGCGAAACAUGACCGUGUCCAGCAGCAUGGCCUGGGACACCUCCGCCCUGGAGACGAGAGCAGGCGACGGCAGAGAAGAAAGCACUUUAGAGAGACUCUCUGGCUUGAAGGACUCGAAGGACGCGCGGUGCGGAAAGGAGUCGGUGUUCACAGUGGAUCCUCAGGUUGUAAAUACUGUGCAGGUGGAUCCCGAGGAAUUGGAGAGCGACUCUGAGGACCUGGACGCUGGCAAGGUGGCAGCAGAGAUGCCCAGCCCUUGUGUGGGGGCACCAGUUAGUGGUGGGGAAGAGAAAUACCUUAAAAAUGAACCAAAGCAACUUGAAGGCCUCAGCAAAGAGCACUUAGAGAAAAGCAAGAGGGGAAUCCAGAGGGUCGACUGGAUUUCUAGACCCAACAAAAGCCCAAGUCCUCACUACAAAGACGUAAGCAAGCCAACGGAUGUAGCAACCAACAUGCCCUUUCGGGGACAAGCUGUGCGUGAAGUGCCUCCUCCGCUGACUCCGACGGCGUUCCGAAAAACGCUAAACCCUGUCCUCGGCAAGUCCAAAUCCCUCGAGAGCGCCUCAUCCCACAGGAAGGGGCUGGUGGUCGACUCAGAUUUGGGCGAGAUCAGCCCACUCGGUGCAGCUGAGUGGACGAUACAGAAGCCGGGUCUUCAGCUCGGCACGGACCUUGCCAUUGGCAAACAGUCCUGGACGGUAAAUUCUGAAGACUCAGUGGAGAGGAUCCCGCUGAUGUCUCUGGAGCCUGCUCCCUGCAGCUCCUAUGACAUUGAGAUGAGGCCCUACGUGUGCAGCGUCUUGGUAGAGGAGCAGGGGAAGGAGGAGCUGGGCCCGGAGGAGGACCCUACGGUGUACACGUGUAUUGAGUGCAGCAUUUACUUCAAGAAGAAGGAACAUUUGAUGGAUCACAUGCUUCAGCAUAAUCGUGGACCAGGGAGGGACCAAGACAGAGAUGCUUUGGGAGGGCAGUGUCAGUUAUGCUGCAAUGAGUGUGGAUGGGCCUUCGGAGACCCCACAUCCCUGGAGCAGCACAAAAGGCUCCACCAAGAAUCCAGGGAAAAAAUUAUUGAAGAGAUCCAGAAGCUGAACGAGUUUCCAGACGAAGGCCGGGAAGCCCGGCUGCAGUGCCCCAAGUGCGUCUUUGGCACAAACUCCUCCAAGAUCUUUGUCCAGCACGCCAAGAUGCACGUCAAGGAGAGGAAGGACCAAGGAGCAAAGAGUCUGAAUCUCUUUGGAAGCACGGGCAGCGGAGAAAUGCGGGAUAGCCCCAUGCACGGCGUUUACAAACACUUCAAACCAAAUGAACACAUGCCCCUGCAAGUGCAGGUACCUCCUCACGGCAGCGGCAAAGGGCUCAGCACCUGUAUGCUCUGCAGCUUCCCGGCCCCCAACGAGAACAUUCUCAAAGAGCACAUGAAAUACGCCCACUCCCACCUCUCCUGGGACACGGAGCCAUACGAGGAAGACCCCAAUCAGCCAGGAACUAGCCGAGAUGCCUACAGCCCGGCCAGGCCAGGCCGAUUUGCAGAGACUGAUUAUUUUGGCAAAGCAGACCGGCUCUUCCCUCCGCCCCACCAAGAAAGCGCAUCUCAUUACGAAGCUGUUCACGGUUUUUCCCUAACUCACCCGAGACUCGACAAGAGCAAUGGGGCUAGUAAAAAGGACUACCAGUCAUCAGGGUUUCACGCCAGGAAAGCGGCUCCGUACGCUGCCCCACAUAAAAACCUGGGGCUGUCUAGCCUCUCCUCCGCCAAGGUUUAUUCGCAGUUUGCUCUGCAGCAGCUGAAAAAAAAAGCAGCAGCUCGGCACCUUGAAGCAGAAGGCGACAGUCUCAGGAGCCACUCGACAGGGCUGGAGGACAUUAGGCACAAAUGGAUGCUGAUCAACGACAUGGGGAGCGUGGAAGAGGAGAUCUCUGUAACCCCAGAUACAGACUUGACCGAGAACAGAGGCAUCAAACCCGUCACCAUCCCUCAAGCUGCCUUGGACCUCAAGAGGACGUUCAGAGACACCUUGAAAGCCACGGACUCUUCGAUAGCCUCGGAGGAGCAGCAGCACCAGUUGCGGAUGAUGGUACCCCUUGUCCUCGUGGAGGAGGUGAACCCGCACCCCAAGGCGAUGAAGCGGCCCCGGGGGAAGCCCUUCAAGAAGAAAGCAGCGCUCCCUUCCCGGGAUUUCAUGAUGGAAGAGCCUCUUCCUUUGGAUAUGCUCCUGCUGGACUCUCCUCUGGAGGGUCCUCUGGAGCUCGAUGACCUCUUGGACUCCGACUCGCCCAUGCUGAAGAAUGAGGAGAGGAAAUGUCCCUAUUGCCCAGAUAGGUUUCACAACGGUAUCGGGCUGGCGAACCACGUGCGGGGCCACCUCAACAGGGUGGGGGUGAGCUACAACGUCCGUCAUUUCAUCUCAGCAGAAGAAGUGAAAGCUAUUGAGCAAAAAUUUUCCUUCCAAAAGAAGAAGAAAAAAGGUAUUGCGAACUUUGACCCGAGUACGUUCAGCCUGAUGCGAUGCGAGUUCUGCGGGGCCGGUUUUGACACACGCGCGGGGCUCUCCAGCCACGCCAGGGCCCACCUGAGGGACUUCGGUAUUACCAACUGGGAGCUCACCAUCUCGCCCAUCAACAUCCUCAAGGAGCUGCUGGCCAACUCGUCGGAGCACCCGAUGCUGCAGGCAGCGGUGGGAGCGGAGCCCUCGUCCCCCAGCCGAGAGGCGCAUGGCUUUGUGCCCCGCAAGAGCAUGACCCCCAUGUCCGAGUGCAGCAUUCCACGAUCUCCUCUGUCCCCGUUCCCCCCAUCCUGGGGAGAUGAGUCCUUGCAGUCCUACAGAGAUGUUCUGGCGCCAGAGGAGGAGGAGUUGGUGGCCAUGGAGGUGGGCUCGCCGCCGCUGCCGAAGAAAAGCGCUCUCGCCGGGCAGCUGGAUCAGCCCACAAGCAGGAUAGGGACCAAACUGUCUCCUGAGCCGCCCGGGAGCAAGCCAGAGCCUCAGGACUCCAAAUCCCAGAACCUCACGACAUGCGAGGUGUGCGGCGCCUGCUUCGAAACCCGCAAAGGCCUCUCCAGCCACGCUCGCUCUCACCUGCGGCAGCUCGGCGUGGCCGAGUCGGAGAGCAGCGGGGCCCCCAUCGACUUGCUCUACGAACUGAUGAAGCAGAAGGGCAAACCCGACGGCAGCCCCAUGUCUCCCACCCUCGUCAAGAAAUCCGGCUCUCCCAAGGACGGCGCGGCGGGCUCCCCGCGGCCCGCGCUCCUGGCGCUCGGCAAGGGCGGCGAGCGCCCGCCCGACGGCCCCGUCAACAAAGCCAUCAAAUCCCCCCCGGGUUUCUCCAAAAGCCUCUCGCAGCCGGGGUCCCCUAUCCUCAAGAAGGUGCCGUCAGCGCUCUCGGGGUCCCCCUCUCCGAAAAACCCCGAGGAUAAGAGCUCCAAGCUCUCGCUGAGCCCUCUGCAGAGCUCCCCGAAGGCACAGUGGCCGCAGGCGGAUGAGGAAGGACCUCUCAAUUUGACCUCUGGGUCAGAGCCGGUGCGGGACAUCCGCUGCGAGUUCUGCGGCGAGUACUUCGAGAACCGCAAGGGGCUGUCGAGCCACGCUCGCUCCCACCUCCGGCAGAUGGGGGUGACGGAGUGGUACGUCAACGGCUCGCCCAUCGACACGCUGCGGGAGAUCCUCAAGCGCCGAGCCCAGCCGCGGAGCGGCGCCUCCAACCCCGCCGGCCCCGGGCAGAAAGCCAUGGCCAAGACCCUCCUGGGCAGCAUGGGACCCCUGGAGCCUCGGGGUCCUGGAGAGCUUCACAUCCCCACCCUCGCCAAGAAGGUCCAGCAACCAGGCAGUCCCCUGGGGCAGUCUCCUACCUCGUCCCCACCUCCUACUGCCCGGAAGAUGUUUCCAGGCCUCUCUCCUCCCUCCUUGCAGAAGAAGCUCAAACAAGACCAGCUGAGGGUGGAAAUCAAGCGCGAGAUGAUGUCAGGAGGCCUCCACGGAGACCCCCACCCCUCCGACCGAGCCUGGUCCCCGCGGGAGGAGAUGUCUCCCCUGAACCUCUCCUCCCGAGCUGACCCGGUGCGGGACAUCCGCUGUGAGUUCUGCGGCGAGUACUUCGAGAACCGCAAGGGGCUGUCGAGCCACGCUCGCUCCCACCUCCGGCAGAUGGGGGUGACGGAGUGGUCGGUCAACGGCUCGCCCAUCGACACGCUGCGGGAGAUCCUCAAGAAGAAAUCCAAGCCUUGCGUCAUCAAGAAGGAGCCUCACACCUCCAGCAUCGAGCCCCCCAAAUCUCUCGGGGAGGAGGGGACAGACCCCAAGUCCCCCAGCAAAAUGCUGCAGGGCAUGGCCCUGCCUCCGCUGGGAGGGCGGACGGGGAAACCCAGCCCCGGCAGUUCCAGCAUCAACCGGGAGCUCUCGCUGUCGUCGCUCACCAGCAAACCCCAGGGCAGCUUCCUGACGCCGCUGUCUGCCAAACGGCCGCUGCAGGACGACCGGCUGGGUCCCCAUGCCGAGGUGAAGCACAAGGCGUACAUCCAGACUGAGCUGCCCUUCAAAACCAAGUCCGUGCACGACAAACCCGCGCACACGUCCAGCGAAGCCUGCUGCGAGCUCUGCGGCCUCUACUUCGAGAACCGCAAGGCACUGGCCAGCCACGCGCGAGCACACCUCCGGCAGUUCGGCGUCACCGAGUGGUGCGUCAACGGCUCGCCCAUCGAGACGCUCAGCGAGUGGAUCCGGCACCGGCCCCAAAAAGCUGGCGCCUACCGCAGCUACAUCCAGGGCGGCCGGCCCUUCACCAAGAAGUUCCGCAACUCCUCGCACGCCCGGGACCACGAUGGCGCCCGGAGGAUGCCCCUGAGCCUGCAGCCCGGCGGCGUGGCCCUGCUGAGCAAGGGGUUGGCCGCAGACCUGGCGCACGGCGAGCCCGGGAAGAUCCUGGAUGGGGGAAGCGGCGGUGAGCGACCCAUGGUCACCUCUCCCCUCUCGCUGGUGAAGAUGGAGGAGCAUCAGCGCCCGAAUAUCCACAAGUUUGAGCGGAGGCAAGCGAGGCCCCUGGAUAACCCCCUGCACCGGGAGGAGGAAGGGGCCGACUUCCAGCAGAAGAUGGAGGAGACGCGCCAGCCGCCGCCGAGGAUGAGGCCGGUGCCCUCCCUGGUCCCCCGCCCGCCGCAGACAUCCCUGGUGAAGUUUGUGGGUAACAUCUACACCCUCAAGUGCAGGUUCUGCGAGGUGGAGUUCCAGGGGCCCCUCUCCAUCCAGGAGGAGUGGGUGCGGCACCUCCAGCGACACAUCCUGGAAAUGAAUUUCUCCAAAGCAGACCCGUUGCGGGGCGAAGCCCCGGCCCCCGAGCCCGCCGCCGUGGCUGAGGCUCAGUAACGGAGCCAGCCGAGGCUCGGCGAUGGAGCCGCCCCGGGGCACCCUCCGCCCCUCCCGUGCCUGCACGUCCCCCCACGGAGCAAACCUCAGCCCCCCAAACCCGGCGCACGGUUUUCCGGCCAGGCUUUGGGGGGCCCCGGCCACAAGCACUACAUGGAACAAGACGCCCCUCCGCCGGCAGUGGAGUUCAUACUCUGCGCCGGGGUCCCGCCGGGGGGGUGGCACUCGAGGCCGGUUCCCUGGCUUGGGACGGGGCAGGGGUACGCCAGCGGCGGGUGUGCGCCCUCACUCCCGGCCGCGGGGCCGGUUUAGCCCAAAGACGCGGGAGCUGCGGCCGCUUCUGCCGGUUCGGGGCCGGGGGAGCGAGACGCCGCGCCAGAAGGGAGGGGAGCGGCUCGGCCUGGCGAGCGCUGUGGAUUUGUAUAUGGCCCUCGAGUUACUGUAUAUUCGAUUUGCGUAGACGAUGAAUUUAGCUCACGUAGGUGUCGGAGUCCGUUCCGGGGUUGCAUGUUGCCCAGCUCCCCUUCCCCCGAGGCAAAACGCUGCCCACAUUAAACGGCAAGUCACGGAUUUACCGCUCCCGCCUCGUCCCGCUGCCCUCUGGUCCCCCCCUGCACCCACCCACCCCCAUUUCACACGGGACCGCGGGCUCCCGGCACCGGUGACGCUGGGCGGCGGCAGUCGGAGGGGCAGCGGUGGGCACCAGCCCCCAGUGGGGGCCGGGGAGCGGUGGCGGCGGCCACGGGGCCAGGGCCAUUUCUCCAACCCCGCUCCCAUCCCUGAGCGGCUACGGUGGAGCCGCACAUGGGCUCGGCGCUGCUGUCUCCCCUCCCCAGCCCCGUUCACUGUUGCUUUUUGUUUUUUUUUUUUUUUUUUUUUUCCUUGUCUAGCUGCAUAGACCUUUGACUUUUUUAACUCUAGUUUUGUGUAGAGGAAAAAAUAAGGAGUAUUCAUUUUUAUUUCCAAGUCCCGAGCCCAGCACGGCUCAGAGGGAAAUUGACCUUUUAACUUUUUUCAUCGGGCAUAUUCUGGUUAUUAAUGUACCCGGGAAUAUGUACAUUAGAUUAAACUCUUCUGGAAAC